ACCUCGAAACAGUCACCAUACGAUUCCUAUCGCCGCCUUUUCAAGCUUGAAUCUUGAGCAUCUUCAAAUUGAUAGAAAGGGUGAAGACAUAGAUACAUACAUACAUACAUAGAUACAUACAGAGGUUAGAUUAGGUUAAGUUAGCCGAUGGCGAGUAUUCAAAAUGGAGAGAAUCGGUCUGUGGCUAUCGGCAGACCUACCAAUCCGAUGGUCACGCCUCUUCUAUCGGAUCUUUAUCAGUUCACUAUGGCCUACGCUUACUGGAAAGCAGGGAAGCACAGCGAAAGAUCAGUAUUUGAUUUAUAUUUUCGGAAGAACCCUUUCGGUGGUGAAUACACAGUUUUUGCUGGUCUAGAAGAGUGCAUUAGGUUUAUUGCUAAUUUUAGAUUCACUGAAGAGGAGAUUGCUUUUGUUCGUGCUUCUUUGCCAAACACCUGUGAGGACGCAUUCUAUGAUUAUCUUCGGGGAAUUGAUUGCUCAGAUGUUGAAGUAUAUGCUGUUCCGGAAGGUUCAGCUGUUUUUCCAAAAGUGCCACUCAUGAGAGUUACAGGGCCAAUUGCUGUGGUUCAACUACUAGAAACUCCAUUUCUGAAUCUGAUAAAUUAUGCUUCACUUAUCACAACUAAUGCUGCAAGGCAUCGUUUUGUUGCUGGAAAACACAAACUUCUACUUGAGUUUGGGCUUCGACGUGCGCAGGGACCUGACGGUGCAAUCAGUGCAUCAAAAUAUAGCUACAUCGGAGGAUUUGAUGCAACGAGCAAUGUCCAAGCUGCAAGAUUGUUUGGAAUACCUACUCGUGGAACUAAUUCCCAUGCAUUCAUCAGCUCAUUCAUGAGCUUUGAUGAGAUAACAGAUAGGUCGUUACAAGAUUCUGAUGGUUCUAGCGUCUGUAAGGAUUUUGUGGCUCUUGUGCAGACAUGGUUAAACAAAAUAAAGUGCUCACAGUCAUUAGGUGGCCUUUUUGGCGACACAAAUCAGAGCGAGUUGGCAGCUUUUACUUCAUACGCUCUAGCAUUUCCUAACAAUUUUAUGGCUCUUGUGGAUACAUAUGAUGUUAUGAGAAGUGGUAUUCCCAAUUUUUGUGCCGUUGCUCUAGCAUUGGGUGAUUUGAGGUAUAAAGCUACGGGUAUUAGAUUGGACUCUGGCGAUCUGGCUUAUUUGUCACUUGAGUCCCGCAAGUUCUUUCAAGCUAUUGAGAAGGAAUUCAAAGUGGAAGAUUUUGGAAAGACGAGUAUCACUGCGAGUAAUGACCUCAAUGAGGAAACUUUGGAUGCCUUAAACAAGCAGGGCCAUGAAGUUGAUGCAUUUGGAAUUGGAACUUACCUGGUAACUUGUUAUGCUCAAGCUGCUUUAGGCUGUGUUUUUAAGCUGGUGGAGAUAAACAAUCAGCCUCGUAUUAAGCUUUCUGAAGAUGUUACAAAGGUCUCUAUUCCAUGUAAAAAGAGAUGUUAUCGGUUGUAUGGAAAAGAAGGUUACCCUCUUGUAGAUAUAAUGACAAGAGAUAGUGAACCCCCACCCAAGGUAGGCCAGAGAAUCCUAUGUCGCCACCCCUUUAUUGAAUCCAAGAGGGCAUAUGUAGUACCACAGCAGGUUGAGGAGCUUCUUAAAUGUUAUUGGACUGGAAGUCCAGAUAAACAAAUGGAAGAAUUGCCACUCCUAAAGGAGAUUAGAAGUCGUUGUAUCAAACAGUUGGAACAAAUGCGGCCUGAUCACAUGAGGAGAUUGAAUCCAACACCUUAUAAGGUUAGUGUAAGCGCAAAGUUGUACGAUUUUAUUCAUUUCUUGUGGCUUAACGAGGCGCCUGUUGGGGAAUUGCAAUAAUGAUAUUGGGUUGCGACAUUUUAGCACUUGCGAAGACGACAACAACAAAAAAGAACAAAGAAUAAACAUAUUGAUUUUAUGCUUUAGUGCUCUAAAUUCUUUGACUCUAUAUUUUAGCCCAUUGUUCAUAAUUCAUUACAAUUAAUUAAAUUAUUUGGGUUUUAAUGUCUUUGAUUGUGUGGA